AGCUUUGAAAAUUCGAAGAUUUGAAGAACCUUUGAAAAUUUGAAGAUAUUGAUAUGAAGAUUGAAUCUAUAUUCAAUUGAAGAUGAAGCCAUAUUUUUGGAAAGCGUUUCAACGGAAGAUCAAGCCAUAAAAACGACUCUUUUAUUAAAAAUCAAGCUAUUUGAAAAGAGAGGUUUUCAAGUUGAAUUCUACAUUCAAAUAUUCAAAGAACGAAAUUUGAAGAUAUAGAAAACAAAGUUUUGAAGAUUCGAAGAUCUGAAAAAUGAUGGUUUGGAGGUUUGAAGAUAAAAAAACGAAGAUUUCAAGAACAAAGUCUUGAAGAUCUGAAUAACGUUCGAAUAUUUGAAGAAUUCUUUAAAUUGAAAGUGAAGAAUCAGAGGAUGCAUAUUUAGACAUUGAACCGAUUUAGUGUAGAUUGCGGCCUUCUCUCUCAUAGGGUUUGGAAUGUGCCGACUUUUAUGUUCGGCAAGGUUUGGGGCUAUGUCGGGUGCAGCGGCGAGAUCGAGCGCAGAGGUGCGAGGGUUGGGCGAAGCGGUGCGAAGGCGAUGUGAAGCGACACGAUUGCAGUGGGGGCGUGGGUUCUUGCAGCAGGGGCGGUGCGAAGCGGCGCUAUCGACUGCAACGACCUUCCCUCUAGGAGGGUUUCGUUUCUCGCAAGCUUCUGGUGCGGCUCGGUUGGCGACGAUCGAAGACAUCGGGUUUGGAGAUAUAGAGCGGUUCCAACAGAUUUCUUCACUGGGAACGGUGGCGCAGAGCAGUGAUCCUUCAGGGCAGAUCAGACAGAACCAUGGCGAAGGCAUAGGGGUGAUCGAUGGUGAUGAAGAAAAGUCGGCCGAAGCGGAGGAAAUCAACUUUGGUGUAUCAACAUUCAUAGCGAGGGUCCGGCCUCCGCCUGAACCACCGCCAGGGGUUGAAGAAGGUGCUAGGGUCCAAGAAGUUUAUUAUGUUUUUUAGUUUUCCCUAUGUUUCGUUUUUAUUGGAUUCUUUACUCUGUUUUGGUUGUGCCGUGUUUUUCCGGCAAAAGAACUCUUGAACUUAGGACAGGUGAUGGAGAGCCUAGUUUACCAGUCACUGGCUCAGGUAUGCC